AUGGCCGAAGUGGCCAAUGAGACUCCUCGUUAUGCCUGAUGUAGAUUGGUAGAUAUAUGCAUAUAUACUAUACACACCACGUCAGGUAGUGCUCUCUCGUGCGGCAAAGAUCGAGCUCUGGCGAGGUUUCGACUGAGUGCUCCGUUCUGGCGUUGUCUCCGACAACGACAGCAGGGAAACCUCAGUCAAUGAAUACCCACGCCAGUGUACGAAUCAUGAUCCCGCUGACCAAGCACAUUCGCUCCUGGUCCCAUGCUCCCUGCGGCAAUUGCUUCCGCUGCCGUGUCUCAAUCCCAGAGCGCGACUGCCUCCGAGCCAUAGAAUUCCCAAGCACACAUCGACAAAUCACAAUCACCCUCAUUGCACGCAAGGAUGAACAUGCAACGCAUUGAACCUUGCGUCUGGACAGGCAUCCGCUGAUCCUGCCCGGCGAUCCGGCCUUCAAUAGCUGCCCAUACUCUCGCAAUCUAACGUCCUCUACCGCCGGCAGACGCAUCGCGCCGUCCGAGGUGUUAUGCGAGUCGGAAUGCACUGCCGACAACCGGCAGUGGCAGGCUGUGGUUGCAGCUGCGACUGCGACUGCUACUCGUGGUGUGUUGCCAAAGACGAUGCGCUCGUAGAAACCGUCGCAGUGGCACCGCUAUUGGACGGAUCAGAGUGCGAAUGCCUGUGACUGGCAUGGGGGACCGUUUGCAUGGUGCGAGGAUGAAGGCCGGCUGAUGCUGCUGCCGGUACUGAUACCAUGUCUCCGGCAAUGUGUAAUAUACCGUCCUUGGAUCUGACCAUUUGGGGGGAUAUCGAGGCCGUUCAGCUCUUCGACCAGUCUCGCAUGCACUCCCGCGAACGACGGAUUGUCCGUGAAACGCUACCAGGGCGAAUCCGAUAACGUGCGCCAGGAACUUUGUUGGUUUAGCGUUUGUUGUCAACGUAUGCAUCCUUCUGCCGUGAAUCGACAGCUCGUCCUUCUUGACUUGGGAUGAUGUGAAGAUGUCGGUCGUUAUCAUCGCCAGUGUCGUUUCGCGAUUCUUUGAACAGAUGCGGCACCAGUUUUGUCGGCCGCUGGGUUCGACGCACAAGAGAUGUUCACAGGAUCGUUCGGGCGGUUGGAGAUGACAUGUGCGAAGAAAGAUCGAUGAACGCAGAGAAGCGCUGAAUACGCCGAUGAGACAGACACACAUAGGGCCUGAGACUCAGAGAAUGCGGCAAAACGUCGAUGCAUUGUCUCCAUCCAGGGACUCGUCGUCCUAGACCAGGGACUGCUCGCCGUCCUGCGCUAACUCGCCAUCCACGUAGGACAGUAUGCAUAUCAGCAGCAGACACGGAGCCAGGCCUAAGAACCACAAUGAACACCGACACGGAGCAAGCACAAGAAAGCCGACUCACCGGGCAACGACCGGCGACGCACAGCUCCCAGACAAACAGCGCAUCAUGUAUGGACCUCUGGGUGCUCCGAAAUCCGAUCUGGCGCAGCCACGGUCUGGAAAGAGAAACAACAUGUUAGGCAGCCUUAUGCCCGUUUCGCAGCCAGUCCAGAGAUAGCCAAGGUGCUCUCGACACGACGCUGCAGUGAGCGUAAAAGAGUACGCUGGAUCUCUGAGCAACCCGCGUUUGUGUCUGUUUUCGCCGCAUUCGGAUCGUGGGCUGCAGGGAUUGGUGUUCGCACGUCAGUCAGUCCAUGGAAGCACAGGAUAACAUGGAGCAAAGCGAGGUCGCGGACAGUGCCAAUAGGCACUUGAAUCCCCUUGUGUCGACUGUUUUGGCGCAUCAUGGGGUCCAGUCGAAUUGACGUGGCGGCAGUGUCGGAUAUCCACGGGGCUUGCCUCAGGAGAACAAGUGCUUAUUCCAAAGAUUGACUUGUCCACGAUGUCGCUGCUGUCGAGUCGCAUCGGAAACUCGUGACGAGUGUCUCACGUGGUCUGACACCCUGCGUUUCUCGAAGCCAUCCGAAGGAUUCCGAACGACAUGCGUUUGCAAACAAUCAGUUUCGAUUCGAUGCGAUCUGCAUCACUCACAGGAUGGGCGCGCACUGUAUUCAUGGCGAAGAACGACCGUCUAUCUGUUGUUGCUGUAGAGCGUGCGUGCACCGUGCACCAUGGGGAGAGCCAUCUCGGCCAGGGUUAGGAAGAUCAAAGCUCUCGACUGCCUGGCAAGACAUCGCAUUGGCUAUGGCAGUGCGCCUUGGAGAAGAGCUGCAACAGAUGGGACGAUCGCAUCGCAGCGCAUGCGACCAAGUCCAACGGGCCUGUCCGAGUCUACUCUCUCUCCUGCUUCCCAGGACCGGCGCCGUCUUCCCAGUGCUUGAUGCCAUCCGUCAAUCUCCUAGAAGCGCCGAUGGACUGCCAUACCCUGGGAUGCGCCGCCGGCCAAUCUGCGUGCUGUCCAAGCUUGCGUUGGCUUCCUUGGGCGCCAGUGUGUGAAUCUGCAACUCUGGCGUUGCGUGCUCGGGGGCUGUGAGCCGUGGCAUUGUUCCAGCAAGGCAGUGUGUAUGGAGAAAUGCUACUUGAGCAAGGGGGGCACACCAGUUUGCCGCCUGCCUUUGACCAUGUCGCAAGCUGAUGAACAACAGACUGACAAACGAAAUGAAGAUGAAGAACGUCUCGAGCGCGAGAGGGCCAGCGGGAACAAACUCUGGGGGGUCUACAUCUCCGAGGCGGAGAAGUACGAUCAGGGUCUCAUCGAUGGCUGGCGCAGCGACAUGGAUGGUCUGCUUAUCUUCGCCGGUCUCUUCUCAGGAGUCGUCACCACAUUCAUCAUUGACAGCUACAAGACGCUCAACCCCGACUCAGGGAGCCAGACCGUCGCACUCCUCAACCAGAUCUCGCUCCAGCUCGCGCACAUGAACAACGGGACUGCAAUGGCGGACGCACUCCCUCCCACCGCUCCAUUCUCACCCCCGAUCUCAGCCCUCGUCUGCAAUGCAUUCUGGUUCACCAGCCUCGCGCUGAGCUUGUCAAGCGCCCUUGUCGCGACUCUGGUCAAGCAGUGGACGCAGGAGUACCAGCACCGGACAUCGAUGUUCUCGUCUCCCUCUAUCCGCGCGCGUGUGUACAUGUAUCUGUACUAUGGCUUACGACGCUUCAAUAUGCAUGCUGUUGUCGGUGUCCCCCCGCUUCUCUUGCACGCGUCACUGGUCCUAUUCCUUGUAGGUCUGGUCGCAUUUCUAGUCCCCAUCAACAUCAUCAUCAUGGGCAUGACAUCCGCUAUGCUGUGCCUCUUUGUUGCGGUCUACGGAACGUUCUCAGCCCUCCCACUAUUCUUCCUCGACUGUCCGUACCAGACGCCACUCACGCAAAUCCUCUGGUCGCUUAAUCAGAGCUUGGGAAGCAUGCUGAGGGCUUAUAUUUGGAGCGCAGCGGCUGUUUGCAAAGCCGUCUUUCAAAAGAGAACUGCUGUGACAGACCUCGAGAAACCUGCGGGAUCUCCUGUGGCGAACGACGAUGCCUCUGCCAAGUCUCCUGCACCUCCCGACUCUCGUCCGCAGUUGCGGAGUAUGGUGGAUGCCUUGAAAUCAGCAGCACUGCAUCCCCCUGUUGAGACCGAAACCCGGGCACUCGCGUGGACCGUCCGGUCUCUGUCUGACGAUGAGGAGCUCGAGAAACUUGUCGAGGGGCUUCCCCAGACGCUGUGGGAUUUUGAUCGAAACAGGCCUCGUAGUGUGUAUCAGGCACUGUUCCAGUCUCUGUUGCGUGAUCCGCACGUCCAUCUUGGCCAGCGUCUCGCUGACUUCAUGGCUGGCUCCAACAGCAAUCUGCUCGAGCACAAGGACCGCCUUCGCCGCCAGCUGUCCGUGCUCCGGGCCAUCUGGGCUGUCUGCGCGUUCUCUCUUCACACGGGGUCGCCUCUCCAACGUCCAAUCGGAGAAGCGGAUGUUGACAACGCGCUGCUCGGCUCAAAAUUCAUCGAUUCUGAUGACGGGCAGAGCAUGCUCCCCGACGUGUCCGCUCUGAUCCAUCUGAACAUCAUCGAGUCUUGGAGCAGCAAACGGGCUCUCACACAGCCGAGCAGCUCCGACGUUGAUAUUCGUGCCGAAGCGCAGAAGCGACGGCAACAAGACAUGCAUCGCGCGUAUGUGGAUUAUCUACUGGCACUUUCCAAAUGCGCUGCCAGCUUCCAGCGGGAUACGACCAAUCUGCUCUUCCAUCGGUCACAAAUGCGCUUCACGGAUGCGUAUGGCUACUUGACUCUGCAGGACGCUCUCGAACAGCUGAUUUCAGCUGAUUUGGAGAAGGCAGUGGACAAUAUCGAACACGCGUCGGACAAAGCAGAAGACAAUGUUGUCUUUGCUGCUCGCCUGAUGAUUGCUCCGUUUGCCCAGGUAUCUGAAUAUCCAUGGGGACGAUACCACUCCGGUCUAGGGCUGUUUCUUGCUCGACAUCCGUCACUGGCUGCCUCCAAUCCGGAAUUCAACUCGACCCAUCAUUACACCCGGGUCCUGUGCUACUGGCUAUGCGACCAAAUGACAUUCGGAUCAAAUCUCCAGCCGUGUGUUGACGCCCUGCAGCUGAUUUAUCGGCGCUUGCUUCAGUCUUAUCUGCCACCAAGAGACUUGGACACCCAUCUUCGGGUCCUCCGCACUCUGCGGACUGCAGCAGACGACAUCCCCACGCACCGUUUGGCUGCCAUCGUUCAGAGCGUCGUGCUCAAAAGUCUCUGGCUGCAUUCAUCGGAGUGGGAGCAAUUGCCAAGUAUCUUCGGCGACGAGGCCUGGUUCCGCUCCGUGCUCAGCCUUGACAACGAUAAGCGGACGGGGCGGCGAUUAGCACGGCAAGUUUACGACUGUGCAUAUGUGGGCGUUGUGACCACCUUCUUCGAGCAGUGUACGGCCCAGAAUCAGCAUCAAACGGAACAGGACCUAGACUGGGCGACGCUCAAAUCGAUACCCUACGCAGUCGAGGACAUUUCUUCCGUGAUCCCGACUGCACUGCAACGACGAUUCGCUGACACUGUGUCUGAAUUCAUGCGCAAAUAUCCAGAGAACUGUCUUGCAGAUGAUGACGGACUCUGCUCGGUGCUUCUCUGGGCCGUCCAUGAGUACGACUCGUACGACGGGUGGAUGACCAAUGUGGAUUCAUUGCGCGUCCUGGACGUGGCUGUGUCGGAGGUGCAGACGGACAAUCAGCAGCAAUCACACCGGGACAAUGCUCAAGGGCUCCGGGAAUGGAUACAGAACCGGCUCCUCCUCGAGACCAUUCCUCCCGAGUCUGUCCUGCUUGUGAGUGACGGGCAGUGGAGGGACCAUCACAGAGGGUGCCAUUUUCUAUUGAUUUAACCUACAAUCAUCCGUGUGUUCUCUAUGUAUGAUCAGAUCCUCUUCAGUGCGCAUCAGACCCUCCGUCGAUCUAAUCCUCUCGGUCAACAAGACAUGUCAGACUCAGAGGGUGACGUCCAUACACGUUUGUUGCAGUCGUCAUAGUCACGCAGAUCGGAGCACGUCACAGGACUCUCUCUAUCGGAGACAGCCACUUUGUCCUUAGCGUGUGCGUCUGCCCGCUGAAUAUCAACAGCUCGUCUUGAUCGACCCAGGGAAUUGUCCUGCAAUAACUCGCAGUGAACGAAAAGCCACGGUAUGUCAGCAGCCGACCCGUUGCCAUGCCUGAGGGCUGGAAUGAACACCAAAGCCGAGCAAAGGAAAGCAAGCCCACCUUCCUGCCACCAAUCGAUAAAGGACAGCUGGUAGGGGGGAGUGACCUCGGUUUCUUUCAAAAUCGAUUGAUCGCAGUCACGAUCUGGGAAGAGGAACGUCAGAUUCGCCAGGACUGAAAAGGAUUCGAGCCACUAACGCAGACCAAUCAAACGUCACAGAGUCCGCCGAUACUGUCGCAGUUUCAGAUCCUCCGUUCGUGUGGCCCACGCAUUGCGCCGUGCAAGGUGUCAUACAAGUCCAGAUGCUCCGCCCCCAGCCGGCAGUCAUGGUGGUAAUCGUUGUACUGGUUUUGUUGCUGAGGAUGCAGCUGCGACCGAGGAGACUAUUGCUGAUAGUGUUUUGAUAAAGACGCUGUGAUGCGUUCAUGUGCACGGUCUCAGGGUAGAGCCUCCAGACUGGGUAAGGUGCGUACGCCCAUGGAGGCAUUCCAGUUCACUGCGUGUUACGAGGACAAAGGCGAGGAGGAGAAUGUAGCCGGCCGCUGAUGUCGCUGUCGCUGUCGCUUCUGCGGUUCCUCGUUAAGUGGACCGAGUCGCCUGGUGCGCCAGUCGAAACACCCUGUGUGGCGAAGCCAGGGGAGCAUAAGAUCGUUCAUGAUGUUGUUGACGUUGUUGCUGCUGCCGCCGCCACAUUCGAAGCUCUCCUGACGUAUCUCUCGCUCAUGGCAAAAGUGAAACCGUUCCUCGUGCUGCCGCUGUUGGUACUCCUUCUCCUCUUGCUGCUGCUAGUACUGAUACUGUGCCAUGUAGCAAUCUCUCAUACUAGCCUUGGAUCUGUGCAUUCAGCGGGACAUCGAAGCCAUUCAGCUCGCUGAGCAAGCUUGAAUGCACAACCGCGAGCGACGAAAUGUCCGUGAAAUGCUGCUUGGGCGAAUCCGAUAACGAGCGCCAGAAAGGUGGUGCUUUGGUCGGCUUGGCUAUCAUCGUCAAUGUAUACGUCUUCCCGCUGAAGACCUUCUCGACCAAAGUCGACUCGAAGAUGAUAUCUGGAAUCAUCACUGCAGCGCUGUUGCGCGAUUCUUGACAGACGCCGUGCCCGUUUUUUCAGCCGCUGGGCGAUCGGCACGAGCUUGACUGCCCCAGAACAAGGGCAUGUCCACAUG